UUAAAUAUGGGCGUGGACAAUAAAAUAGACUACAAAUGUACCCUCAGCAAAGAAACCCAAGCAAUUGCCUUGGAAGAAUUACGAGAAGAUGAAAACAUGAGAAAUCAAGCGUUGGAGCAAUUCCGAGCCUGGAUACUGAAGCACCCUUCAAUAAAACACUGUCGUACUGAUCCUGAAUUUUUGCUCCGAUUUUUAAGAACCAAUAAGUUUAGUUUGCUCAUGGCACAAGACAUGCUGAAGCGUUACUUACAAGCCAGACAAUUAUCUUCCGAUUGGUUCCAAAAUUUGGACAUCGAUGAUCCUGCUGUUGAAGCAAUUAUUGACAGCGGUUAUAUCUUCCCGUUGCCUGAAAAGGAUCAGCACGGAAGACGAGUCAUUAUGUCGUGUAUUGGUCAAUUUGAUCCAAAUAAAUAUACCGGUUCGCAAAUGAUGAGAGCUCAGACUUUAGCGUUUGAAGCAGUUAUUGGCGAUGAAGAGAAUCAAGUGCGUGGUUACACAUAUGUGUAUGACUUUUCUGGGUUGACUAUGAGCCAUUUGAGCUUAUUGUCAGUAAUGGAGAUUCGAAAACUGGUUAGUUGGAUUCAAAAUGGGAUUCCGAUGCAGCAGAAAAUGGCGCAUUUAUUUAAUGUUCCGAAGAACGCCACUAAAAUUAUCGACUUUUCUAUGUCACUUCUUAAUGAUAAAUUCAAGGACAGUAUUGCGGUUUAUAAAAAUAUGGAAAAGUUAAAGAAAGUUAUCGAUCCUAAAAUUCUGCCCAAAGAAUACGGUGGUGAUGUACCAAUUGCUGACAUGAUUGUUGCAUUUAAGGAAAAAUUGCGUGAAAAACGUGAAGAGUUAAAAGCCCUUGAUGAUAUGCACAUUGAAAUAUCUCCAGAAGAACGCAAAUCUUUACUGACAGACAUUUCCGAAGGUGUUUCUGGCUCAUUCCGCAAACUUGAAGAUGAAUAAAAUAUUCAUUAAA